ACUUCAAUCGCAAUAAUGGUCGCCGCAGCAGCAGUCUUACUACCUUUAUACAUGUGGCCGACAGGCCCAUCUGGCGAAAGCACAUGGCAACCCGUUCUCGACAGCGCUGCAGCAUACCCAUCGCUCCAAUUCACCGUCAUCGUCAACCCAAACAGUGGACCCGGCGACUGGCCCAAUCCCGACUAUGCAGCCGCCAUCGCGCAACUUAAUGCGCUCUCCAACGUCCAGACCGUCGGCUAUGUCGACACUGCGCAAGUGAAUCAGCCGGAUGGCCCUUACACCAUCGAGAGAAUUGGAAAUGACAUCUCCACCUACGCAUCCCGCAGUGCAAACGAACCCAACGUCGCGCUGCAAGGUGUUUUCUUUGACGACGUAAGCAAUGUAUACAGCGACAGUGUAGAGCUCCUCCUAGAGGAAGCCGUCAACCAGACCAAAGCCUCUGAGGGAUUCGGGAACACACGAACGACAAUCAUCAACCCCGGUACUCGGCCUAACUUCAUGACCCCCAACGUCGACAUAUCACUCACGUUUGAGAGCACCUGGGAGCAAUAUCGAAGCCUAGAUUCGCGCGCAUGGCUCGCCGGAAACCCUUACGACCGCGACCACACUGCGUACGUUGUCUUUGGUGCGCCUCCGGGCGAUGUGGCUAGCAUCACGACCCAAUUGAGGGCAAAUGCGUCGUACAUCUAUGUCACUGAUACUCUCGAUGACCCUUACAAGUCGUUUGGGUCGACUUGGGAGACGUUCAUCGCUGCUAUGGCGGCGGAGUAGGGGAACAGACACGGAUGAUGCAGCGGUG